AUGAAGACAAUUGGGCGAAUGGAACCAUCUGGCUGUUCUUGUUCGAGAUUCCCACAAACCCAUCGCGACUAUUUCAUCACAGUAACGAUGAAAAGGUCGCGAGCCGUCUGAAACGGCAUCCCAAUCUGGAUAAACCAAAACAGGAGGAUUGGCCAACUUAGCUAAUAAAACGCGAAGGGCUUGCUCCAUCGAAGGGGUGAAG